AUAGUACCACUUGAUACGAAUGAACUUUGACAUUGAUGUAAGAGUCUCAUUAAACAGUUUGUCCCCCAUAUCGAAUUGUACAGUAUAGUGUGCGACUUCAACAACUAAUGUUCAGACAUUGAUAGUGAAAAUGUGUAUAAUUAGAUUUUUUUCAUCUGAAGCCUUCAGCGCUCAUAAGACAAAUGAGAUACUUCAACAAUUAAAACUUGUCGAUUCAGGAGUGACCAAGUUAUCAACCGAACUUUGUUACCAUGUGGAGUUGGCUGAAGGCUGCGAUUACUUGAAUAUCAACCAGAUAAAAAUAUUGCAGUGGCUUUUAAGCUCACCUCUCUAUCCUCAAUCAUUAAAAAAUGAGACUGUCUUCAAUGAUAUCAGGCAGAAUCAGGUUGUUAUUGAAAUUGGACCCAGGUUUAAUUUUUCCACAGCAGACUCUAGUAACUCUGUACAAAUCUGUGAAAGCGUGGGUCUUCGUGACAUCAUACGUCUUGAAGUCUCCACUAGAUACUUGAUCACAUUUCAAAAAGCUAAGAAUGUUUCCAAAGAUCUGUUUGAUGCAUUGGCGGCUCCCUUGCAUGAUAGGAUGACACAAUGCAUUUACACUGAAGAUAAUCUUCCUAGAAAAAGUUUUAAUGAAGGCUUGCCUAAAGAUUUAGAGCCAUGGUUUGUAGUACCGUUACUGAAAGAAGGUAGACCAGCCAUGGAAAGUGUGAACCAAAGGCUUGGUCUGGCUUUCGACUCUUGGGAUAUGGAUUUCUAUAUGGAUCUUUUUAUAAAUAAACUAAAACGCGAUCCAACCAGUGUGGAAUUAUUUGACCUUGCUCAAAGUAACAGCGAACACUCACGCCAUUGGUUUUUCAAGGGUAAGCUGAUUUUGGAUGGUCAAGAAAUUAAAGAAUCUCUUAUAGAUAUGGUCGCGUCAACUCAGAACAGCUCCAACAACAACAAUGUCAUUAAAUUUGGAGAUAAUAGCAGUGCCAUCAAAGGAUUUAAACACACCAAACUUCGUCCAGUCGACGUAACGGCUCCUUCGCAAGUCAAACAAGAAGUGACACAAUCUGACAUCAUCUUCACGGCUGAGACCCACAACAUGCCUACCGCUGUAGCACCGUUCAGUGGCGCAACCACAGGCACUGGUGGCAGGAUUAGGGAUGUCCAGGGAGUUGGACGUGGCGGACAUACUGUGGCUGGUACAGCGGGGUAUAGUGUGGGAAAUCUUUAUAUCCCAGGAUAUGACAUGCCGUGGGAAGAAAAAGGCUGGGAAUACCCUAGCAACUUUGCAUCACCUCUACAAAUAAUUAUAGAUGCUAGUAACGGAGCUUCUGAUUACGGAAACAAGUUCGGGGAGCCUGUUAUUUCAGGCUUUGUCCAAUCGUACGGUUUGAAAAAUGGCGACAAUGUGCGCGAGGAGUUCGUGAAACCGAUAAUGUUCAGCGGCGGCAUUGGAUACAUGCCUCAUGACAUGAUCAAAAAAAACAAACCUGAAAAGGGUAUGCUGCUUGUGAAGAUUGGGGGCCCGGUGUAUCGCAUCGGUGUGGGCGGAGGCGCAGCCUCUUCCGUCGCUGUGCAGGGUGGAGACUCCAGGGAUGCUGCACUAGACUUCGGAGCCGUGCAGAGAGGUGAUGCCGAAAUGGGCAACCGUCUCAAUCGUGUCGUUAGAGGAUGUUUGGAAGCUAAAAUCAACCCUGUUGAAUCUAUUCACGACCAAGGCGCUGGCGGCAACGGCAACGUGCUAAAGGAGCUAGUGGAACCUGAGGGAGCAGUAGUGUUCACCAAGGAGUUCCAACUAGGAGACCCUACAAUCACUACCCUGGAGCUUUGGGGAGCUGAGUACCAAGAAAACGACGCCUUGCUUUGUAAUAAGGCAAAUAAGAAGAUUCUGGAAGACCUUUGCUCUCGCGAAAGAUGCCCAGUGUCAUUCGUAGGCGAAGUGACGGGUGACGGCUACAUGAGCCUGGUCGAGGACUCGCUUAACCCCAAGUAUCUUAACAGGAAUGAAAGGGUCAAGCCUGAAACCAAAUCUAAACUGCCUUACGACUUACAUCUCGAAGCUGUGUUAGGAAAUAUGCCCCGAAAGACGUUUGACUUGAAACAAGAUAAGAGGACCAAAUUACCUUUAACCUUACCCAAGGACGUUACCGUGAAGAGUGCACUCGAUCGCGUUUUGAGGCUUGUUAAUGUCGCCAGCAAGAGAUACUUGACUAACAAGGUCGACCGUUGCGUCACAGGUCUAGUAGCGCAACAGCAAUGCAUAGGCCCUCUACACACGCCAUUGGCCGACUGUGCCAUAAUAGCGCUAUCAUAUAACGAGCUGGUCGGUUCUGCUACUUCUAUUGGCACACAGAAUGUUAAGGGCUUGCUUGACCCCGCAGCUGGUGCGAGAUUGUCGCUUGGAGAGGCUCUUACUAAUUUGGUAUUCGCCGGCAUAACGGAGUUAGAAGACGUAAAAUGCAGCGGCAACUGGAUGUGGGCAGGCAAAGUUGGUGCUGAGGGAGCCGCCCUAGUGGUAGCAUGCAAAGCACUGUGUGAAGCUAUGGGGAAAAUCGGCGUUGCCAUCGACGGAGGGAAAGAUUCGUUGUCUAUGUGCGCUCACGUCUCUGGGGAGAAAGUAAAAUCUCCCGGGACUCUAGUGGUAUCGACGUACGCCCCGUGUCCCGAUAUCACGGUCAAAAUCGAACCUGCUCUUACUACGGAGGGAGCAGCUCUCGUUUAUGUGCCUGUUACCAACAAAUGCAGGCUUGGCGGCUCUUCUCUGGCUCAGUGUUUCAAGCAAUUAGGCGAUAACCCACCCGACCUCGACGACCCUGUUGUCUUAAAAUCACUGUUCAAAAUCACACAGAAGCUUCUCAAAGAAAAAAAACUUCUGUCUGGACACGACGUUAGCGAGGGUGGCUUCAUAACGACAGUCAUAGAAAUGGGCAUUGGAGGCAUCCGAGGAUUCGUUCUUGAUAUGAAAGUAGAAGCGUCAGCGAUCGAAGUGUUAUUCAAUGAAGAACUUGGCAUUGUUGUUGAAGUCGCUCAGAGAGAUUUGGCAUUUGUACUGAAUGAAUAUAAUAAGGGCGGUGUGAACGCCAAGCAAGUUGGUACUGUUGGGAAAUAUGGAAUGCAGUCUGAGGUUGUGAUAAAAGUAAAUGGCGAGAAAGUAUUAAAUACGAGCCUGAUUGACGUGUUCAGGAUGUGGGAGGAGACGAGCUAUCAGCUAGAACGUCUACAGGCCAACUCCGAUUGCAUUAAGCAGGAAUGGAACGGUCUGGAGAAGAGAAAGGGAGCAACAUACAAAGUCACCUUCGACCCUACAGCCGCAGUGGUGAAAACCAAGUCAAUCAAAGUUGCAGUUCUCCGUGAAGAAGGAACUAAUGGAGACCGCGAGAUGAUUGCCUCCUUACUGAUGGCAAAUUUCGACGUAUUCGACGUCACCAUGAGCGACUUGCAGAACAAAAAGAUUACUUUGGACGCUUUCCAGGGAUUGGUGUUCCCUGGUGGAUUCAGUUAUGCGGAUACUUUAGGUUCAGCCAAAGGAUGGGCGGCAGGCAUUCUCUUUUCCGAAGCUCUUAAUUCCCAAUUUGCUCACUUCAAAAACAGAAGCGAUACUUUCUCGCUGGGCGUCUGCAAUGGAUGCCAGUUGAUGGCUCUUCUUGGCUGGAUCGACCCUGAGCCUACCAAACAGAAAGGCAGGAAACAGAUAUUUUUGGACCAUAAUAGUUCUGAAAGGUUUGAGUGCCGCUGGAGUGCAGUAAAGAUAAGUGAGAAUAAAAACAACGAUGUAUGGUUCCGCGGUAUGAACGACAGUAUCCUCGGCAUUUGGGUAGCUCACGGCGAAGGUCGCUUCACAGUUUCAGAGUCGUACUUACUUGACACUUUGAAUAGAAACGGCCAAGUUGCGAUGCAGUAUGUGAAUGAUGAUGGAGUGCCUACAGAAGAGUAUCCAAUGAACCCUAAUGGGAGCCCCGGUAUGAUAUGCUUUAGAUAUUUUUAUUACUAAGGCAUAACAACAUAGUCAACUUAAACACAUAUUACAAAGAGCAAUAUUUAUCUUAAAUGACUUAGGCCAGAAUAGUGACAUAAAUUAUUGAAGCCUUAUAAACAAACACAAAUUAACAAAAGUCAUCAAAGACUGACAAAUUGCUAUGAUAAAAGUUUGCUU